AUCCAGCGGAAGUAAACAAUACCACCGCUAUUAGCUUUAGUUGCAUUAUAGAGCAUCUUUGGUUGAAUGCACCUCAUUAUUUAUCUGGAAGAAUAUAUUGUAGUCGUAUCGUAGGAAAUUAAUUUAUUUCUAAUUAGGCAACAAUGUCUUCAGUUCAGUAUUUGAGAGAGUUUGUCAACGAGAGACUAUCUGCUGCUGCUGAAGAAAUAUUCGGAGUUUUUGAAAAGACUAUCGUCGAGUACGAAGAAGAGAUCGAUCGACAACGAAGACUGUUGGAUGUUGUUUGGAAACCUGAAAUAAAGUUACACAGGAUAGAGCUCCCACAGCAACAUGUCUGUGAGCAGGAGGAGGUGCUCACUGACCAGCAGCUCUGUAUUCAGGAGAGGAACUCCAGUCUGGACCAAGAGGACCCAGAGCCUCCACAGAUUAAAGAGGAACAGGAGGAACUCUGCACCAGUCAGGAGGGAGAGCAGCUUGUACUGAAGCAGGAGACUGAUGAAUUUAUGUUGACUCCUACUACUGAGGAAAGUGACCACAGUGAAGAUCAGAGCUUCAAUCCUGAUGAGACUCUAAGUGCAGCAGAGAACGAGUAUGUAGUGAACAUACCAGAUAUAAGCUCUGUGGUACCAGAACCAAACAGUGACCAGCAGCUACUCUCUUACAACUCUCAUAAAGCUGAGAGCCAAAAUCAAAAAGGAGGCAAGCAUGGAGACUCAGGACCAACUACAAAUGCAGAGUCAGAACCAAAGAAAAUACAUCACAUCAGUCACAGUAACAAUGCAUGUAAGAUUCACCUGGAUACUCCCACAGGUAUGACGUUUUUCAAAUGUGAAGCUUGUGGAAAAGAAUUUAAGGAUAAGUCCAGAUUGAACAGACACUUUAUGGUUCACACUGGUGAGAAGCCAUAUUUUUGCAACACCUGUGGGAGAGGUUUUAAUGACAUAUCGACAUUAAGGAGACAUAAAACAAUCCACACAGGUGAAAAGCCAUAUCCAUGCAAAACAUGUGGAAAAUAUUUCAGACUAAAGAGUGACUUGAAAGUCCACAUGAGAACACACACCGGUGAAAAGCCAUAUAGCUGCAACACCUGUGGGAAAAGAUACUGUCGGAUGAUGGACUUGAAAUGGCACAUGAGAAUUACACAUGAAAACAUGGGAGAGUUCUGAGGAGACUUGAGAACUCUCAUGACAGUCGACAUCAGAAGAGCCCACACUAGUGAGAAGCCAUAUAAUUGAAAAGAUUUUUCCAUGUGUCUCAAAUGGCAAGGUAUGUAAGAUUACAGUUAGGCUUGCACUCGCAAACCCGGGACAGUGUUACGCUUCAUACCCAGACAUACCCCAAUUCUCAAAAAGUGAAGAGAAAAUACACUUUUUUUUAAUGGCAACAUCUUUGUAAUUGUAUAUUAAGCAGUUACCAUAAACAAGAGGUCACAA